UCUCCCGGGGUCCAGACAUGGCGUAGCAUGUGGCCCGGCAAGAAGCUGCGCCUGCGCCGUCUGCUGGCAACGGCCAUUGGGCUCAGCUGCUGUACGCUGCUGCUCAUCAGCUUCAAGGAGGUGCAGCAGGACGCCGAUCUCCAGGACCAACCGAACGUCCUCGAGCCCAAGCUGCUCUUACAGCAGCAGAGUUAUGCUGUCCCUCAGGGUUUCCACAAGGGCACUGUUCGCAGAGACGGACGUCAGAUGGAGAAGCGCGUUGAAAGCGGCUCCGGGUCGUCCGAGAGGCCGUGGUACAUGAAGGGGGGACUCCGGAGGCCACUGCCAGGGGACACCGGGAGCCUGUGGCCCCACGAAGACGCCGGGGACCGCAUCGAGGCCCAGCUCAUGUUCGUGCCCGAGGACUACAAGCGCAACAGCUCCCGCCUCAAGAAGAUCCUGCUCAUGCACGGCAUGGGAGGCUGGGGAGAGCUGCCCAGAGGUCGGACCGUCUUCCUGCGCGACAAGUGUCCCGUGGACACGUGCGAGAUCGUGACGUCGCAGGACGACGCGGCUGAGGCGGACGCCAUCUUGUUCAAGGACCGUUUCACGCCUCCCCGGCACCGGAGACCCUGGCAACAGGUGUGGAUACUGUACCUGCUCGAGUGCCCCUACCACACGCAGACGUUCGCCCACUUCCGCGACACCUUCAACUGGACUGCCACCUACAGGCACGACUCGGACAUCGUGGCCCCUUACGAGAAGUUCGUUCGCUACGAUGACCUGGACCCCGUGGCGGAGGCGAGCAGGGUGCUGUCCAACCACAACAAGACCAAGAAGGUGGCCUGGUUCGUGUCCAACUGCGCCGCCCGGAACCAAAGGCUACAGUACGCCCGUAAGCUGGGCGCCCACAUCGAGGUGGACAUCUUCGGCGCCUGCGGCCCGCUCAAGUGUCCGCGGGCGAGGGCCGGACACUGCUUCGACAUCUUGGACAGAGAGUACAAGUUCUACCUGGCCUUCGAGAACUCAAACUGCAAGGACUACAUCACCGAGAAGUUCUUCGUCAAUGGCCUGGGCCGCGACGUGGUGCCGAUAGCGAUGGGAGGCCGUCCCGAGGACUACCGGCGUGCCUCUCCCGACCACUCCUUCGUGCACGUCGAAGACUUCCCUUCUGAGAAGGCCCUGGCCGACUACCUGCACGUACUGGACCGCAACGACUCCCUGUACAACGAGUACUUUCGCUGGAAGGGCAGCGGAGAGUUCAUCAACACCUACUUCUGGUGCAGGCUGUGCGCCAUGCUUCACGCGCCACCUGUUCCUAAGGUGUACCCGGACAUCGGUGCCUGGUGGUCCGGGCCGGGCACCUGCAACAGCAACCGCUGGAGCAAGUUCAAGACGAAGAAGGACUCUGUGGGUUACGUUUUCACCUGACCCUGGUAACCUCGUGCCACGGCAGUCGAUCUGCAAGGUGAAUGGACAUGCGACGCUCUUCCCCGACGCGCACCGCUGCACCGGCGGCUCAGCCGGUUGUGGCAGUCCGGGAAUCGACGCGGAAUACUCGAUGAACCGCAUCAAGGCCAUCAGCGUUUUGUGUCUGAGUGCUUCGAGUGUGCGGGAACUAGUUCUAUGCUCGGCGUAGGGGGACUGCUGGCAUCUGUGUCGUUUCAUGAAGGUGCACUGACUCGAUGAUCACUUGCAUUGGGCAUGACGCUGAGGACAUCAAGGAGUGAAAGGGCUAGCGUGAAUGACGUGGCGAAUUUGUACGGACGACGCUUUCGGCGCUCGAAUGGGAUUUACAGUUUUGUCGCUGAAGUGUAUUCCAGUUUAGCGAAUGCUUUCGAACACAGAAUAACCUUUUCCUUCGGGGACGUCUGGGAAAGUUGGGCUAUAUACCGCUGCGCUUCAGGUGACCGAGGGCUUCGACUGAGUGUAAAAAGCGCCGUUUUAACGGUCUAGAAUUUAGAGAAUGCAAGGAAGAUCAAUGGCUGACUACUUGGAAAACAUUUGUGAGUCAUGACCUCAAAAGAUUUAAAGUUUGAAGGUGAGGUGCGCUGAGCGGGAUGUUGGCAUUUUCAAGAGAACUACGGCAGGGGCGCCUAAAUAUACGAAUGACUUCGAGCGCUAGUUGGUCUAUAGCCGAGGUCGGCUGUUUCAGGACAUCCUUAACUGUCCGGGAACUCUCUUAGUGCAGAUGUUUCCUAUGGAACGCAAUACGAAAUUUUACGAAGGAAGCCCGUCUACAAGACUCGUAAAUUAUGUUGCGUGAGGUUAACCCAAAGCUUGAUGAUUGAGAGACUUGAGCGUAUGAAUCACCUCUGCGGCUGAGUAGGGUAAUGUUUUCGUAUUUUGCACGCUCGUCCAGUGGAGCAACCCGUAGAAACGUCGGAGUACAACAAUGUUCAAGUACCGGAGCAAGAACGUUUCGGCGAAAAGAAUCUUCGAUAUGAGAGCAAGAUCUCACCUUUCCACGUCACCUUCGGACGCGACUGAGUAUCAGCCGCUUCUUCCUAUGAAUCACUGCAACAAGAACGAAUAGCCGUCGUGGUUCGUGGACUCCGUGAAUGUAAGAAAAGGUCGGUGUAAAAGCGAACCAGCGUUUUUCGUUGUCUUUCGAUACCGUUACACUUGAAAUUCUUCCUUGUUCGUGCUGUGUAAUUGCGUAGCAAGGGUCACUUUCUCUGACGCGUUCGACAGUGUUAUAAUUAGUGAAGGCAUUCUAAAACAUAACGCAUCGGUCAGUUCGACAUAGUCCUAGCCAAUACCAGGCAUAUCCAUUCCUCUUUACCAAUACUGCCUCGGGAACACGACAUGGGGUAAUUCUUGGUGAAUUUAAUCCUCAUGUGGAACGAAAGCUAAAUUCCGAUGAAACUGCGUGGCAAAUCGCCAGGCAUCUGUACCUUGGUCGUCGCGACGUGUUGCAUACACAAGAGCUAGACGGCACUGCGGUCAUUAACUAUGGUGUCUGACUGACAGGAUGAGAAUGGUAGGGAAGUCUUUCAGUUGUCCCGCCUCUAAUGCGAGCUUUCCACCUUCGAUAGCGCUUCGGCGUCUCGUGAGAUCCGAGCUUGCACGCCAUGAUGAAGCACGGUGGAAGGCAACGUGAGCGCGUGCGCUGGAGGCUGGGCAUUCAAAAGAAACGCACUGUCGUUUUUAUCCUGUCCGUGACUACAGUGAUGACGUUAAAAACAACAACCAAAAAGCGUGUUUUUUUCAUAGGAUGGAGUGGAUUUGUUUACUCGUUCGAGGUUAUCUAAAAUUGCUUUGGUGUCACGACCUAGGUUAGGGAUGAACGUCAGGAUUGACUGGGAACGCAGCGCCAUUGGCAAGCUCCAAGUCAAUGCUUUUUUUCUUUAAUUGGGUGGGGGGAUUGUAUCGUGACGUCACAGUAAUCGCAAAACGAGGACAUUGCAUAAGCAGGGGCAUUCUGUUUGUCGCAGCUCGGGGAAGGAAGUUUUAAGAGGUUGCGGUAUCGAAAGAUCAUCUCAUUACUUGUAGAACGUCGAGUAAUGCGCCAUUGUCACUACGUCACUGUUGUCGCCGAGCUCGUCAGACUGAGCUUUGAUGUCACGUGGGGUUUCGUGUGAUAUGUUUGCUCACCACGUGUCAGAAUCCUCGAGGCACCCGCACCGCAUAAUGAAAGGAAUACGCUUCUCCGUGAAAUUGCCAGUAGCUACAAUGCAUACAUACAAUGAGGCAAAGAUCUUGUUUUAUCUAUUUUAUUCUUAAAAUUCGUUUAACUCGCCUUAAAUUCUAAAUAAAAACAUACAUUUUGUUUUGGGGGCACCCUUGAGAUGUGAAAAUAACACAUAAGACAACAAUGUUUGAUGAUAAUGGAUUGAGUUACUUUUUUUUAGUAUUUAAAGCUUGCGUUUCAUAAGCGUUAAUGUGUUCGAACUAAUUCUAAUAGAUUUGAGCGUGUUCAGUAUUUACAACUUUAUUUUAUUUGCCACGAUAUUAGGAACAACAUUUAUGAUUUUGCUUACAAAGUUCUUCAACUGACGUGUUCAUUGAGAAUAAAACCAUGCAACUUUCUGUUGCAGCACAGAAUGCGAGAGGAGGAACAAAAACAAAAGCAGACGCAUACAUACUUAAGUAACGAAGAUGCCGGAGAUUGGCUAACAUCGUAAUUUUUUAUAACGAAUACAACCAGUCUCACAUUCGUACAAAAACACAAUAUAUGUGUUGACAACAACGCAUACUUUUCCUUCCCUUAGUGUUUUUUAAUUGAUGUGAUCUGUGUUUUAAAUUUUAUUUUUAUGUGCAUUGAGUAAUCUCAGAACAAAACGAUGAAAUGCCGUUUCAACAAUUGUUAGCAGUACGAGGACUGAUUUAUCGCUCUUCUUGUCGUAGAACACCAACGUUGCGCAUGAAAACGAUUCAGAGAAUGGUCGUUCGAGUUAUAAUCUAUGGUUUACUUCUAUUUUCAGAAACUCGUACAAAAUUGACCUAUCUGCCAAACCCUAAUAACAGUCCAAGUGCUAGCUUUCAGGCGGCAAAAAAGCAAGGCCAAUUUGUUCAGACGCAUGAUAUGUACCUUGUGUAUGGGUUACGAUUCUAGCCCUGAUCAGCUCCUUGUUAAUCAAAUUCACGAGAUAACUAUGAGUAGAUAACGAGCGUUGAAAUACUCAUUGAAAUAAUGGACUGUGAUGAAAAUGGUACUAAUAGCUCUUGUUACGCUGCAUUAGCGCCUAAUAGUGAGCCUCUGGGCUAGAGAUAUUUUCCGUUCUAUCGUCUGAUUUGUUUAAAAAAAGGUUUGGCAGUGCGCGUACUACAUAAUUACUGGUUCUGGUGAUUUUUUUUUUUUUCAUAAAGGAUUUGCGUUGGUCAGUUCUGGUACAGAAUAAUGUUAAGUGUUCCGCUGCUCACCGGAUACGCUCAGAAGCGAGAAGCAGAAUGUUACACUGCGGACCGCGACCUAAUAAUAAUUAAUGUGUGAAUCUUAUUUUCGAAUUAAUAUAACGAAUGAUUUAUAUUACCUGUUGUGUAUGCAAGAAUAGAUAAAGCGAAAGACUAAACUAAAACAAAAAUUAACCUCUAGUCCAGCAGACUUUCGCUUUAUAUUUUUAUGUCACCGAGCUUGUAAGUUAGUUUCCAUUGUUUCUAUUUGGUUGCGUUAUUCAACGUCUUUGUCGACUUCUUAUGCAUACACCCAAAUUUUGACUCCGAAAAGGGACUUUUCUGACAAGUCGGCAACGCCUAACUACACAAGAAAAUAACCUAGAACAGUGAAUUUCUGCUGUCUGGAUUCCACGAGUUUCCAAUUGCGUCGGUGAUCCUUUUGGUUAUUGAUGAGUGUGGGUAGAGAAAGUGUCAGCAUUUUCUAUAGUCACACCUCUAUUGUGAUAGAAGCAUAGAUUGCACCACUUUUGUAUGACAUAGUAUAUCGAGUUUCAACAAAAUGUUAGGUGGGGACGUCACAGUGUUGAACUGAAAAGUGUGCGCCGAGAGCCUUACGAAAGCAAUAUCUCCGGUUUGACUUGGAAGGGUCUAGUUACGAAGAAUCUCGUUUUUGGAGGAUAAUUUUUCACACACUGCGAGCAGCUUAUAAUAGAAGUAAGGUAGAUACAAACAAAAACAAGAUUGAAAACCUGUUAGUCGUUCCCCAAGACAAAUAAGUCGAACACGCGGUUGCAUAGAGGUAAACGAUCAAAGUGUAUAUCAACAUCGCGCAAAAGUGCACUAUAGAGUACUGUACCCUACGGCACCCUAAGAAUGUCGAUCGGGAAUGCGUUCAUUUUAUCCAGGAUGUUCUUUCAACUUUGUCUGCCUUAUUUGUUGGCGCACAUCUUUAUAAAAUCCUGCGUAUUAAACCAGUGGACGCUAUACACCACAGAGGCAUUUUAGUUUUAUAUUUUUGAAUUGUGUAUUGUUUACAAUUUGUUUUAUACUAAAAAAAUGUAUUUACAACGUUGCUUGCAUGUUCAAUGUGGCUAUUCGUUGGUCAUUGCCAGAUUCUUACUUUGUCGUGCUGUCGCAUUGUGAUAGCUAAACUGGUCAAAUGUUUCUAGUCAGAUCCUUUGGCAGUGUGGCUAGUGAUAUCACCAACUCAUCAAAACUGGACAAGAAUAUGGUAGAUUGGAAAAAAAAAAGAACUAGAGCGAUGUUGACGUAGUUCUACAUUGUCAUUGUAAUAAAGAUUUGUUGUUUA